AUGAGCUGCGCUGCGAAGCUCUCGGAGGACUUCCUGCUGCUGGAGGACGACGCCUUGUGCGCCCCCAACUUCGACCACGUUCAGUGGAAAGCGGAUACCCUGGGGUCCCAGCCCUGGGCGUUCCUGGAGUUCUCCAACCUGGGCUUCCAGGGCAGGCUCUUCCGCAGCGGGGCCCCGGUGCUGGCCCACUUCCUCCCCCUCUUCUACGGGGAGAAGCCCCUCGCCAGGCUCCUCCCUCACUUCCGCACCCUCCUGGCCCAGAAGGACCCGAUCCUUUGCAGACCAUUCCUGUUCUACCACCGGGCCCCCUACCAUGCGCCGAACCACAGCCAGAAGGCCUCGGGCCCGCAGAAAAAGAGCCCCUAAGCCCCUGACAACCCACCAGGAGCCGUGUUCGCAGACAUGAAGGUUUUUGAGGUCCAUUUCCCCUGGCAGGCCUACAGUCUGGACGAGUCCUUCUUUUGGACCCACAGUGUUAGCACAGGGAACCACCUGCCUGUCAUCCUGAACCACCCAGCGGACCUGAGGAGGGCGCAGGUACUGCCGGGCACCAUCGGAUGGCAAGCACGCCCUGGAGAAGGGGCAGGUGGAGCUGGGCUACGAGCCCGAGGGGACACCGCAGCGCGGCACCAGCCUCGCCUUGCUGGGCCAGCUCCUGGAAGGGCAGCUGGAUCAGGACGUAGCUCCACAGAGCGUGGGGCACGAGGCGCACCCGCAGCAGCUCCAGCCGGAGCCCCUAGGCGGCGCGGCUCACCUUUCCUUGAGGCCGGUCCUAACACCCGUGGGGCUCACCCGGGACCACGGGCGCCGCUGCAGGCGGAGGCCACCCUGCGCUACCUUGGAAGGAGGGCGAGGCCGUUGGAAGGUUGGAGACGGCCCACUGCCCGGCGGAAUCCCGCAUCACAGUUCCGCCCGCCCGGGGCGUGGGAACAGCGGACGGAGGAUGCAGAAGUGCGGAGAGACGGCUUAACAUCCGGGUCCUCACUCUCGUCCUCGCCAUCCCCCCACCCUGUGUCCCUCUUCACGGUCUUCCAAGGCGGCCAGGUCCUCAGGGGGCUCCUAUCCUCCCCCCUGGCACCCACACACUGGGCACCGGUGGGGGGGCUGGGGCCUCAGCCGACCAUGCAGAGCCCCCUGCUGUCCCCCGGCGCCACCGCGGGGCUGGUGGCUGAUGUCCAGCUAAGAAGAACCAGCAAGUAG